AUGGCUUCGAAGUUAUUCACAGCAUCCCAAGAGCCGCCGAGGUCGAGUCCUCCAUCAGAACUCGAAAAAUGGCGUGUAAAACUCGGCAAUCACUUCGAAAGUGCUGUAAGCCUUAUCAAAGCUAUCAGGCGGCCCAUUGCGGAUCACACAGAUGGUGGAAAACCUCUCGACCCUAAGGAAGAAAGUUACUGGCAGAAGAAACUUGAGAGUACUAUCGGAGAUCUCGGCCACCUAGGUAUCACGGACGUAAAAACGUUGAUCGAAAUGAGCACGAAGGUCAAGAAUGGUGAUAUGGUUGACGACAAGCAGUACCUGAUGGAAGGCUUAAUCAAGGCUGCAGCUCAACUUCCACAGGCAUCGAUGACAGGUAAUGACAUAACGAGCAACUUUCUCACCACUCUUUGGAAUGAUCUCGAACAUCCUCCCCAGUCCAUGUUAGGUGAGAAAUAUAACUAUCGUACCGCAGACGGCUCCUAUAAUAGUAUUGCCAGUCCGUGCCUAGGUGCCGCUGGUUCUGCAUAUGCGCGCACGGUCAAGCCAACAACGAUGCAGCCGGGUAGUCUUCCAGACCCUGGGGUCAUUUUCGACAGCAUUUUUGCUCGAAAAAGCGAGAAUAGAGAGCCGCAUCCAAAUCGGAUUUCCUCCGUUUUGUUCUACCUGGCUUCUAUAAUCACGCACGACAUCUUUAGGACAGACCAUGAUGAUUAUCAACUUUCACAAACGUCGUCAUACCUCGACUUGUCUCCACUCUAUGGAGCUAAUGAAACAGAACAAAAGACCGUCAGAACUUACAGGGAUGGUAGAAUACAUCCUGACUGUUUCGCUGACAAGAGAAUGCUGGGGUUUCCACCUGGUGUCGCAGUGCUUUUGAUCAUGUUUAAUCGGCAUCACAACUAUGUCGUGGAAAAUCUGGCUCAGAUCAAUGAGAACGGCAGAUUCACUCCGCCCAUCAGGGACAAUCCUAAGUAUCGAAGAUAUCUGCAUCCCAGCUAUCAGAGACCAGAGAAUAAGCACAAGAUACGCACAUAUGAAUUGGAUCUCCUCAAGUACGACGAAGACCUCUUUCAGACGGCCCGUCUCAUAACAUGCGGCCUCUACGUCAACAUCAUCCUGGUAGACUAUGUUCGCACUAUCCUUAAUCUCAAUCGCACCGAGAGUAAAUGGCAGCUUAAUCCCCGUAUGCCACUCAAGGGAGUUCCUAUGGGUGGAGGCAAUCAGGUGUCAGCUGAGUUCAACCUUGUGUAUCGGUGGCACUCAGCAAUCUCGACUAAGGAUGAAGAAUGGACCAACAACAUGUGGAGGAAAUUGUUCCCAGAUGUCGAAGACGUUACACAACUCACAGAAGGUCAAUUCCUACACCGCUUAGUGGACUACAACACAAAACUCGGCGAUGACCCUAUGAAUUGGCCAAUUGCUGAUGGACUGGCUCGGGACCCUGUGUCAAGGAAGUUAGCGGACGACGAUUUGGUUAACAUUAUGACCGCAUGUAUUGAAGAUCCUGCCAACUCAUUUGGGGCCAACCGUGUUCCAGUGAUGAUGCGGGCGAUUGAGAUCCUAGGCAUGAAACAAGCCCGUGCUUGGGGUGUCGCAACUCUUAACGAGUUCCGACGAUACUUCCAGCUCGAGCCACACCGGGAGUUCACUGACAUCAACCCUGACCCGGAGGUGGCAGACCAACUUCGGCAUCUUUACGGUCACCCAGAUCUUGUUGAGAUGUAUCCAGGUCUGGUUGCUGAAGCAGCCAAGGAGCCUAAGCUUCCCGGCUCAGGUCUCUGUCCGUCCUUCACCGUCUCAAGGGCAGUGCUGGCCGAUGCGGUCGCGCUUGUUAGAGGUGAUCGAUUCUACACUACUGAUUAUCAUCCAAAAAAGCUCACAAACUGGGGAUAUGCGGCAGCCAGUUUUGACCUUGACAUAGACAAUGGUUGUGUGUUUUACAAACUCUUCGCACGAGCUUUUCCAGACCAUUUCGAAGCCAAUUCAGUAUAUGCUCACUAUCCAAUGACUGUACCGAAGUAUAUGAAAACAGCUCUUCAGGACCUUGGUAAGGAGCGGCUAUACAGUUACGAGCAACCAAAACUUAUGUCACGUCCCAAGAUGAUAUUCUCUCAUGAAGCUGCCGAGAAGGUCCUUGGUGAUAAGCUUAUAUUCAGAGUAAUGUGGGGCGAGGCAAUGCAGUCUUUUAUGAGCCAACAGUCCAAUGCUUUGGUGCUUGCUGGUCAUGGCUUCGGGGAUGACCAGUCGCGAGAAAGACUGACCGACGCCCUCUAUGUUGCCGGUUGGGAAGCCGAUGUCCGGAAGUUCUACGAAAAGACGACCAUGGACCUUCUCAAGGAAAAGUCACAUAAGCUGGCUGGAAAAAACCAAGUUGACAUCAUUCGUGACGUCGGCAACCUAGCUCAUGUGCGCUUCGCGGCCGAAAUGUUCAUGUUGCCGCUCAAAGGCAAAGACCGGCCGGGCAUCUUUGAUGAACACCAACUCUAUACGGUUCUCACUGCUGUUCUCGUUAGCAUUUAUCAUGAUUUCGAUCCUGCCACAUCAUUCGGUCUGCAUCAGAAAGCUCAACAGGCAACCCAAGUUCUCGGACAGCUUAUUGAAGCCAACAUCAAAGAGGUCAAGAUGGGUGGGUACCUGUCAGGCCUUGCGCAAUUGAUAUGGCCUAAAGAGACAACUCUCCAGAGAUACGGCAAGCCUCUCAUUGAGCGGCUACUUGCAAACAAGGAUCUGGAUAUCAAAACUGUAGUCUGGGACGAUGUACUAGGUUUUGUGUGCAGCAUGGUACCCAACCAGGGUCACCUGUUCGGUCAAAUGAUUGACUACUUCAUUUCUAAAGAUGGAGUAAUGCACCUUCCCGAGGUUAACCGUCUCGCCAGGUCUGAUGUGCCAGAAGACUUCGAUACAUUGAUGCAUUAUGUCCUCGAAGCAUCGCGACUCAGCGGAGAGACCGGCGCUUUAAGAGAAGUUGUCCAAGACAUCACCAUUCAAGACAAAGGUCGGAGUUUAGAUUUCAAGGCCGGUGACAGGGUCACUUUGAACCUACGCGCUGCAUCUCAUGACCCCAAGAAGUUCCCAAACCCGACAGAGCUCAGACUUGAUCGCCCGCUGGAGUCCUAUAUCCAUCUCGGUUACGGGCCCCAUGCCUCUCUUUCCCAACCAAUAGCUCGUGUGGCUCUGACUUCCAUGCUUAAAGUCAUUGGACAACUAGAUGGGUUGAAGCCAGUUCCGGGACCUCAAGGUAGGAUCCAAAAAAGAAUGCAACCAUUUCCUGAGGGCACUUCCCCGCCUGGACCUGGCAGUAUUUGGCCGGGUCAGGGCCAUGUAUGGCGCGACGAGGAUGUAUCGUACCAUUUGUACCUGACCGAGAUGAGCGACUCGUACUUCCCGUUCUCGACCUCACUCAAAGUCAUGUGGGACUCUGAUGCAAAAGACUCGGAAUGGGUCAAGGUGGAUGAACGGCCCGAAACGGCCGUUGAAUAA